AUGAAUUCUUAUAAAGCAGAUAGAAUUAGUGAACAACAAUAUACAGCUAAUACAAUAUAUAGCUUUAUUUUCAAAUUAUUAAUCAGAGAAAUAACCUUAGAUAAAUCUUUAAAGAGAAAACAAAUCUAUAAAUUACUUGGGUUAAAUAAGAGAAAAAGUAUAAUUGGUUAUUGUUGUGAUUUACUUUUGUGUGACCAUUAUGACUAUGUACAUUUGGUUGGUAAAAUAAGUGGGCCACCUUCAAAAACCCUUUCCAACAAGGAAAGAUUUAAUUUUGGAAGCAAUGCCAAGGAUGAGAGAAGUCUUUGUGAAUUAACUAUAAUGGCAGAAUUUGGACCAAUUCUGAAUGAAUCAGACUUAAAUACUUUAUUAAACAAAAUAUUUGUAUUUAUGAUUCAAGUAAAAAAUCAUAAAAUGAAUAAAGUCUAUUAUUCAAGACUCUUAAAUAGAGCAGAAAUUCCCUUAAAGGGAAAAAACAUUGAUAAAAAAAAAGCAAAAUGGAUAGCCAAAAAUGUUAAUGUUGAUUUUAAUACCUUGGAAAUAAGUGAAGCUCCCAAAAAACUUGUGCUUUCACAAACUAUUACUAAAUCAACUCUGUCAUCAUCAUCAUCAAGUGAUAAUUUUACUGGUUUUCCAAAAGAAUCAAUAAUUAACCUACUGGAUUUUUUUCUAACUCCAGUAAGGCCCAAGGAAACCUUAAGAGAAAUGAAUUCUUUAUUCCCAAAUGAACAAGUUUUUGUCAUAAAUAAUGCUAUUCUUCUUACUCCGAAACAUAUGCCAAUUAGCACUAAUAAUGACGAUUUAAUUCUUGAUAUUCAAAUUUAA